CGCAGAAGCCGACAUGAAUCCUCUGAUCGCGUAUAUGAUUGUCGGUCUGGCAGGGUUCGCCCUGGCGGAGCCGCCUGUGUCCUCCGGUUACAGUUACAGCAGACCUUCCGGUGGCGGCGGUGGUUUCUCCUUCGGUGGCGGUGGCUCCUUCGGUGGUUCCUUCGGCGGCGGCGGCGGUGGUUACACCCAAGUGUCCACCGGCUACCAGACUAGCGAAGGCGCUUCCGUGGACGGCGCUCUGCUCGAGCAGAUCCGUCAGAUUCUUCUGAAGGAGGAACUACAGUCCCAACAGACCGGCGGAUUCGGCGGUGGCGGUGGCGGAGGUGGAUACGCUCCCAGUUCCAGCUAUGGAGCUCCACCGUCGUCGCAAUACGGUGCCCCAUCAACGCAAUACGGCGUGCCCGGCUAUCAGACUCGCGUUGUAGGCAUCGAUCUUGAAGGCAUCAGGCAGGCUAUUCAGGUGGCCCAAUUCAAUCAAGUCAGCCAAGGCCCCGGAGGCUACCCCAGCGGACCCAGCUCCAGCUACGGAGCGCCCAGCUCCAGUUACGGAGCGCCUAGCAGGCCGUCCAGUAGCUAUGGUGCGCCGUUCUAAGGAAUUUCACUUUGGUUUGGAUGAUACUGAUGAUGAGAGAGAGAGAGAAUGAGCGAGAGAAAGAGAGAGAGAAUGUGUGAGAGAGAGAGAGAGAGAGAGAAAGAGUGGAGGAUAAUGGCACCGGCCGAUGACAACGACUACUUUCCGAGAGUUUCGAUGCAGCCGAAUCUCGCCAACGCAAGAAAGACUCACGAAGAAGAUCUGGCAUGUUAGGAAAAGAAGA